AUGCAAAUAUGCAAGGCCGAAACGGAGAGAUCGAAUGAAAAAAAGGUGGUAGAAUAUUUGCAGACAAAAGGAUUCUUUGAAGAUGAGAAUGAGUCAAUCCAAAGAGAAAGAGUCCUGGGAAUGCUUAGCAAUUUAGUUAAUAAAUUUAUCAUGGAUAUAGCUAAGAGGAAUGAAAUCCCAAUAGACUCAAAAAGUCUUUCUAAAAUAUUUACUUUCGGGAGUUACAGACUUGGUGUUCAUUCAUCCGGAGCUGACAUUGACACCCUCUGCGUUGUACCAAAUUUUGUGAGCAGGAAUGAGUUCUUUACUGUUUUCUACGAUGAACUGUGCUCAAAAAGCUACAUAACAGAGAUUUCCAAAGUAACCAAUACGUUCGUUCCAUUGAUAAAGUUUAAGAUAAAGUCAAUUCCAAUCGAUCUGGUCUUUGCCCGGAUGGAUCUUCCAUCAAUUCCCCCGAAUAUUGACCUGCUGAAUAAUAAGCUGCUGAAGCACAUGAGCGAGAAAUGCAUUCUAAGCCUAAAUGGAAACAGAGUGACAGACGAAAUCCUUGCCCAGGUCCCGAACAUAGAGACAUUCCACAAGACACUCAGGUUCAUGAAAUACUGGGCCCAGAAGAGACAGGUGUACGGGCACGCAUACGGAUACAUGGGAGGAGUAGCAUAUGCCUUGUGUGUUGCAAAGGUCUGUCAGAUGUACCCGAGUGCAGAUGCCUUCAAGACAAUAGAGAAGUUCUUUGAGGUUUUCUCUAAGUGGGCCUGGCCGCAGCCUGUCAUCAUCAAGGAAGUCCCAGACUGUAACUACAACCUGAAGGUCUGGAACCCGAAGGUAAAUGUGCACCAUAAAAAUGACAAGAUGCCUGUCAUUACGCCCGUAUAUCCUCCCUUGUGCUCAACACACAACAUAACGACAAGCACCCUUUUCGUGAUGAAAAGAGAAUUUCAAAGAGGGACCGCAAUAUUCGCAGAGAGUCUGCAGAACAAAACAGAGCCAUUUAAGGUACUUGAUGAGCUAUGUGAAGAUACAGAUUUCUUCACAAGACACAAGACGUAUUUCAUGAUUGCCAUGGCGUGCGACAACUCGAAGGAGUUUGGGCGCUUCAUGGGAUUCGCAGAGACAAGAGUCAGAAUGUUUGCACAGAAGCUGGAGAGCAUUGAAAACAUUGAGUACGCAUACACACUCCCAAAGAAUUAUCACCUGGAGGGUGUCACACAGAAAGAAGUCCCAUUAUUAAAGGACCUGCAAUGCGGGGACGAAGAAUACUCAUUUUCCGUGCUGUUCAUUGGAAUUAACUUCUCUUCGGUUAAGCUGCCCUUGAAUGCAUCAAAGAAAAUGAAUUUAAAGAAGCCAGUGCAGGAGCUGAAGAGCUCCCUGGAAGGAUACGAGCAAGAAGAAGAAUGUGAACUAAGAUACGAGGCAAUUCCAUUAAAACAAAAAGCACUCGCCCCAAUUCUCAAUCUAUUCAUAGAGAAGGAAAGCAGAAAAAGAAAGUUUGACGAAGAGGCAGCAGAGAAUAGAAAAAAAUAA